AUGUUAGCAAAAAUGGAAUCAGUUAACAACAAACUGUUCAUUUUUACUCUGUUAAUCUCCUCUUUCUUCAUAAUUUCCAAUAAGUAUCCGUUAUUUCACCUAGUUACAUCUUCAUCAAUAAUAUUCGUCGAAUCAAAACUACAUACAUCUCCACUUCGAUCCAAUACAACAAUACCUCGAUUGGCGUACUUGAUAUCUGGCUCAGUUGGUGAUGGGGAACGGAUAAAGAGGACGUUGAAGGCGUUGUAUCAUCCGUUAAAUCAAUAUGUGUUGCAUUUGGAUCUCGAGACUUCUGAUGAAGAGAGAAAUGAACUUGUGAAAUUUGUGAAGAAAGAGGCUCUGUUUGUGAAUGUGAAGGUAAUUGAGAGAUCUAAUUUGGUUACUUAUAGAGGUCCAACAAUGGUGAGUAAUACACUUCAUGCUGCUGCUAUUUUAGUGAAGGAAGGUGGUGAAUGGGAUUGGUUUAUCAAUUUGAGUGCUUCGGAUUAUCCAUUAGUAACACAAGACGAUUUGCUUCACAGCUUAAGGAAUAUUCCAAGAUAUCUUAACUUUAUUGAGCAUACAAGUGAUCUCGAUUGGAAAGAGGAAUAUAGAGCCAAGCCUAUAAUAAUUGAUCCAGGGUUGUACAGCUUGAACAAAUCAAAUGUCUUCUUUGUUGAACCACAAAGAAGUGUGCCAACAUCAUUUAAAUUAUUCACAGGAUCCGCGUGGAUGAUGCUCUCACGGCCCUUUGUGGAGUACUUAUUGUCCGGGUGGGACAACCUCCCGCGGACACUCUUAAUGUACUAUACUAAUUUUCUCUCUUCACCUGAAGGAUAUUUUCAAACUGUUGUAUGCAAUGUCCAAGAAUUUAUAAAUACUACGGUGAACCAUGACCUUCAUUAUAUAGCAUGGGACAAUCCUCCGAAGCAACAUCCACACUAUCUUACGAUGGAUGAUUAUCGGGAAAUGGUCGAUAGCAAAGCACCGUUUGCUAGAAAAUUCGGGAAGAACGAAUUGGUGCUUGACAAGAUUGAUUCCGAGCUUUUGGGGCGUAAACCUGAUGGUUUUGUUCCUGGUAGUUGGUUUGGAGAUACUAAUGUAACAAACAUAACUUUAUUGCGACCUGGAUCAGGUGCUGAAAGACUAACAAGUUUGAUAUCUAAUUUUUUGUCUGAUAAAGAUUUUAACAAAAAACAUUGUCUCUAG